ACUAGGGCGAGCGAGCGGCGGCGCUCGGCAUUGUGGCAGGCGGCAGAGGCCGGCGAGGGCGCCGGAGCCGCGGGUAGCGGCGGGGCGCAGAGAGGCGCGCGCGGGGGUUCGGACGGCGCGGCGCGGGCUGCUGCGAGUGUCGCUGAGUGCACUCACCUUCUGUCUCGCAACUUCGAAGCCAGGGCGUGGGAGCGCGGGGAGCGCUCGGAGCCCCAGAGCCUGAGGAGCGCAGAGAGGGGCGCGCCGGAGCCUGGAGGGAGAGCGGGCGCCGGGCACCCACUGCGCUCCGAGCGCCCGGCAGCCCUCUGCGCAGCGUGGCUGCCGCUGCCCCCACGGAGGGCACGGGCUGGCGCGGCCGGGCGCCGGGGAGGACGGCGAGGAGGAGGCGGCGGCGGCGGAGACGGCGGCGGCGAGGCUGGGGCCAGGGAGAGAGCCCCGGGGGAGAGGCGCCCGAGCCUGGCCGCGGGAGCAUGUGGGCCCGGAGCGGAGCGCGGGGCGCGCUGCUGCUGGCGCUGCUGCUCUGCUGGGACCCGAGGCUGAGCCAAGCAGGCACUGAUUCCGGCAGCGAGGUGCUCCCCGACUCCUUCCCCUCGGCGCCGGCUGAGCCCCUGCCCCACUUCCUGCAGGAGCCACAGGAUGCCUACAUCGUGAAGAACAAGCCCGUGGAGCUGCGCUGCCGCGCCUUCCCCGCCACGCAGAUCUACUUCAAGUGUAACGGCGAGUGGGUCAGCCAGAAUGACCACGUCACGCAGGAGGGCCUGGAUGAGGCCACGGGCCUGCGGGUACGAGAGGUACAGAUCGAGGUGUCGCGGCAGCAGGUGGAGGAGCUGUUCGGGCUGGAGGAUUACUGGUGCCAGUGCGUGGCCUGGAGCUCCGCGGGCACCACCAAGAGUCGCCGGGCCUACGUCCGCAUCGCAUACCUGCGCAAGAACUUCGAUCAGGAGCCUCUGGGCAAGGAGGUGCCCCUGGACCAGGAGGUUCUCCUACAGUGCCGCCCACCAGAGGGCGUGCCUGUGGCUGAGGUAGAAUGGCUCAAGAAUGAGGACAUCAUCGACCCCACCCAGGACACCAACUUCCUGCUCACCAUCGACCACAACCUCAUCAUCCGCCAAGCCCGCCUGGCAGAUACGGCCAACUACACCUGUGUGGCCAAGAACAUCGUGGCCAAGCGUCGCAGCACCACUGCCACGGUCAUUGUCUUCGUGAACGGUGGCUGGUCCAGCUGGGCAGAGUGGUCGCCCUGCUCCAACCGCUGCGGCCGUGGCUGGCAGAAACGUACACGGACCUGCACCAACCCGGCCCCGCUCAACGGAGGCGCCUUCUGCGAGGGCCAGGCCUUCCAAAAGACCGCCUGCACCACCGUGUGCCCAGUGGACGGAGCGUGGACGGAGUGGAGCAAGUGGUCAGCCUGCAGCACUGAGUGUGCCCACUGGCGCAGCCGCGAGUGCAUGGCGCCCCCGCCCCAGAACGGAGGCCGAGACUGCAGCGGGACCCUGCUCGACUCCAAGAACUGCACCGACGGGCUGUGCAUACAGAAUAAGAAAACUCUAAGUGACCCCAAAAGCCACCUGCUGGAGACCUCAGGGGACGUGGCGCUGUACGCGGGCCUCGUGGUGUCCAUCUUCGUCGUCGUGGGCGUCAUCAUGGUGGUGGGGGUGGUGGUUUACCGCCGCAACUGCCGGGACUUUGACACGGACAUCACCGACUCGUCGGCCGCCCUCACUGGCGGCUUCCACCCCGUCAACUUCAAGACUGCGAGGCCCAACAAUCCACAGCUCCUGCACCCAUCCGUGCCUCCGGACCUCACGGCCAGUGCCGGCAUCUACCGCGGGCCCGUGUAUGCCCUGCAGGACUCCGCCGACAAGAUCCCCAUGACCAACUCACCCCUGCUGGACCCCCUGCCCAGUCUCAAGAUCAAGGUCUACAACUCCGGCACCACCGGCUCGGGGCCAGGCCUGCCAGAUGGGGCUGACCUGCUGGGGGUCCUGCCGCCCGGCACGUAUUCCGGCGACUACACCCAGGAUGCCCACUUACUGCACCUGCGCAGUGCCAGCCUCGGCUCCCAGCAGCUCCUGGGCCUGCCCCGCGACCCGGGGAGCAGCGUCAGCGGCACUUUUGGCUGCCUGGGUGGGAGGCUCAGCAUCCCGGGCACAGGGGUCAGCCUGCUGGUACCCAAUGGAGCCAUCCCCCAGGGCAAGUUCUACGAGAUGUACCUCCUUAUCAACAAGGCAGAAAACACCCUCCCGCUUUCAGAAGGGACCCAGACGGUAUUGAGCCCCUCAGUGACCUGUGGGCCCACGGGCCUCCUGCUGUGCCGCCCCGUCAUCCUCACGGUACCCCACUGUGCUGAAGUCCGUGCCGGCGACUGGAUCUUCCAGCUCAAGACCCAGGCCCACCAGGGCCACUGGGAGGAGGUGGUGACCCUGGAUGAGGAAACCCUGAACACGCCCUGCUACUGCCAGCUGGAGGCCAGGUCCUGCCACAUCCUGUUGGACCAGCUGGGCACCUACGUGUUCACGGGUGAGUCCUACUCCCGCUCGGCAGUCAAGCGUCUCCAGCUGGCCAUCUUCGCCCCUGCCCUCUGCACCUCCCUGGAGUACAGCCUCAGGGUCUACUGCCUAGAGGACACGCCCGUAGCGCUGAAGGAGGUGCUGGAACUGGAGCGGACCCUGGGUGGCUACCUAGUGGAAGAGCCAAAACCCCUGCUGUUUAAAGACAGUUACCACAAUCUGCGCCUGUCUCUGCACGACAUCCCCCAUGCCCACUGGAGAAGCAAGCUGCUGGCCAAGUACCAGGAGAUCCCCUUCUAUCACAUUUGGAGUGGCAACCAGAAGGCCCUGCACUGCACCUUCACCCUGGAGAGGCACAGCCUGGCCUCCACAGAGCUCUCCUGCAAGAUCUGUGUGCGGCAGGUGGAAGGAGAGGGCCAGAUCUGCCAGCUGCACACCACGCUGGCAGAGACACCUGCUGGCUCCCUGGACGCCUUCUGCUCUGCCCCUGGCAGCACGGUCACCACCCAGCUGGGACCCUACGCCUUCAAGAUUCCACUGUCCAUCCGCCAGAAGAUAUGCAACAGCCUGGAUGCCCCCAACUCGCGGGGCAAUGACUGGCGGCUAUUGGCGCAGAAGCUCUCCAUGGACCGGUACCUGAACUACUUUGCCACCAAAGCGAGCCCCACGGGUGUAAUCCUGGACCUCUGGGAAGCUCUGCAGCAGGAUGACGGGGACCUCAACAGCCUGGCGAGUGCCUUGGAGGAGAUGGGCAAGAGUGAGAUGCUGGUGGCCAUGGCCACUGACGGGGACUGCUGAGCCGCCCCGGACCGUGGACUGGGAGGGCUGGCAGGAGGCGGGCACAGAGGAGGCAGCCUCGUGUGAGGCAGUGCGGCCCCUGCUGCCCCCCAGCUCACAGCCAGAGGCGCCCCCUCCUCCUCCUCCCCUUGCCCCAUUCCCAGACCACAACCAGCCUUAGCAAAUCCAUGUACUCUGUUGUCAGGAAGACCCAGUGUUCCUUCUCCACCCCUUGCUGUCCCCCCUGCCCUUGGAUCUCCGUGGAGGAACUGCGACGAGGCCUCUGGAGGCAGCGAGGGGAGCCAGGAGGUGGCCCUCCCUCCCUCCUCCCACCCCCACCAGCCACCUCCGCCCCAGGAGCUCUGGGUGACGUUUGUCUUAGAUGCGUUCUUCGGUUUCUUCCUCAGUUACUGGUUUCUCCCUCCCACCUAAGUCCUCUUCUCCUUUCACACCGUUUUCCUCUUUGAAGAGUCAAGUACAAUUCAGACGAACUGCUUUCUGUCGUCCAAAGCAAAAAGGAAAAGGAAAGGAAGAAAGAAAGAUUCAGACCCCUAGUCAGGCUCAAAGAAGAAAAAAGAGAAACACCAAAACCACAAGGGAAAAGAAAAACCCAGUUUCUUAGGAAACGCAAAUGAUUUAUUAUCCAGAUAUUUGGAUAAGUCCUUUUUAAGAAAAAAAAAAAAAAAAAGAAAAUGAAAAACAACACAAAAAAAUAGAAAACUCUUUUCUUGAGUGUGGAUGAGUGUGGGCUUGCUCAUGGUUCUGGCCAGGAGUGAGCGUGUGUGCGUGUGUGGGUGUGUGUGGGUGUGUGUGUGAGAGAGAGAGAGAGAGAGAUUGUCAGGGAGAGAGAGACAGAACAGGGAACAUCUUGCUGCUAAUGAUUCUGUCUUAGGCUAAAUUCCUACAAGGCCUCAGUUUCCCCAGGUGUACAGGGUCGAACGGGGUUUUAGCCAUGGUACCAUGUUUCCCUCUAAAAUUCUGAGCAGAUGCUGAAUCUUUAAAGGCAAGGAGCCCUGAGAUCUGGAGUGGGCUGGGGUCCUCCCUCCCACAUCCCCAGGCAGAUGCCCCACAGGCUCCCUGGGCUGGCUCCUGGAGAAUCCAGAUUAAGAGGCCCAGGGAUGGAAACUGGGCAGACCAGGCCAGCUGUGAGCCAGGGACAAUGUUUCCAGUGCCCCGGUCUGGUGGCUCCUGGAAAAGGGGGUGGGGCCCAGAAGUGGGGCUCUAGCAGAGAAAGAAGUGGGCGGGGAGAGUCUCCCAUGGGCACUUCUCUCCUUCACCCCAGGGUGGGAGCAGCCAGGUCACCCCUCUACCUAGCAGCCCCCAGACCAGGUGGGCUGGCGCAAAUUGACAUUCCGCUAAUGCCCAGGAAUCCGGGAACUGGUCUCCCCCAGCCUCAGUUUCUCCAUCUAUAAAGCAGGAGGGCUGGAUAAGCGGGCCUCUGACUGCAGAAGCCUGAGCUUCUGGGCCUCAGCGUGGCUUUACGGAAUGUGUGAGCAGUCAGCCCUGCGGGCUGGGAGGCUGGGAGGUGGGCAGGCUGGCUGUGCUCUACGCCCCAGUGCAGGAGGACCUGGGGAGGGCUGUUUUCCCAGCUCUGACCUCUAUCGGCAGCUCCCUUAGCCCUGUUCUCACCCUCCCACUGCAGUCUGGGAGGUCUGAACAGGCGGGGCUGCCAGAGUGGAGGGGGCUGGUACCUCCUCACCAGCCUGCUCCGGGAUGCUCCAAGGGCCCAACAGGAUCCCUUGUUGGCUGGCUGAUCAUGGCCGGGACCAGGCUCUUACGGCUGGCACAGAGGCCUCCUCGCAGGCCUCUCCCUGGCACCCGGGGCAAAGCAAGAAGUUCUGGGCACUGACCCCAGGGCUUGCCCCAGCUGGUCCAUAACCAGCCUGGGCACAUCCUGGCCCUUGAAAGUCUGGGAGGAGGGAGGAGA